AUGGUUGAACGAUCAACUCGAAGAACCUGGGAACAGCCUGUGAGUUUUAGUUUACAUCCUGACGACUUUAGAACUGAUCAAGAUAUCAAACACGAUGCAGGAAGAUUUAAAUAUACGGAACCUAAAGAAAGCACGCGGAGGUUUAGGUGAGUGUAUUCUAUAAGGAUUGUACGUAUACAGGGUGUAUCAAAAAAUGUAAUCCAACUUUAGCGUGCUCUUGUGCGCCAUAGUUAAUAUAUAGGUCUUCUAUAUUAACUACUAUGUGUGCGCUCAAUAUAUAGACGAUAUUAUACGGCGGCGCGAAGAUAUGACUUUUGUUUUCGAGUGUGUUGAAAACAAUAUUUUACGAACGAGCGCAGUAAAAUAUUGUUUUUAACACGAGAAGAUAAAAGUCAUAUCUUCAAGCCACUGUGUAAUGUUCUGUUUAUUAUAUAUUCCCAAGCAAAAAAUUGUGAAAUUUCACGCUCAAAAGCAAAUUGGAAAAAAGUCAGGUGAAGAUAUCUUCACUAGUGAAGAUAUGGAAAAUAUCUCACUGUGUCAUGUGAUCGAUAUCUUCACUAGUGAAGAUAUGGAAAAUAUCUCACUGUGUAUUUUUCAGUAUCUCACUCUCUACUAUAUAAUAAAAUAUUGUAUGGAUUACCCUCAACUUACUUAGAGAAACAGCUAUGAUCAAUUCAGCAUGCAAUAAGAUGCAGCUACCCGCAUAGGCGUAGACUAACAUUUUCCACAUUCGUAAUAACUAGUAAUCAAGCGGAAAAGGAUGACAUGGUUGACUUGUUGCCAGUAAAGACUGUUGCUCACGAAGGACAUGGAUAUACAAAACAUGAACACCAUUCACAUCGUAAUUAUGAUGGCGAGGACAGUCUGGUCUGUGCUUACUGUAACCAACUGUAUAAGAAAGGUGAUUAA